AUGUCGGAGCCAAAGAGAAAACUUCCUCCACCGAGUCGGCGACGAGAUAAGCCCCAGUUAUCAUGCAAUAUGUGCAGGAGGAGAAAACUACGAUGUGAUCGAAGCCACCCUUGUGGAGCUUGCAGGGAGCGAGGUCUCCCCCUGUCUUGCACGUAUCCUGCCAGCGCAGGUGCGACCGGGCGAAUUUCCAAAGAUCAACCACCACCAAGAUCAACCCUACCGCAGCGUAUCGAGCAAUUGGAGAAGUUGAUUGCGGCUAUCGUGGAUGAUGCCAAUAAAAAGAAUAACCCCGAACAGGUUGAAAGUCAAGACCCACUCGGCGAUGAUGAAGACAAGGCGACAUCAGAAGCCGAAGGAGAUACCCAAAGUGAGGCAUCUGAAGCGGUUGGUCAUAUUUCAAUGCAAGACAGCAAAACCACAUAUGUUCAAGAUACGCACUGGACCGCAAUCUUAGACGGGAUCACCGAGCUCAAGGACUCUGUACAAAAUGAGGUUUCAGCUCUUGCGAACCAGUCCGACUGGACACAGAGCUCAUCAGAGGUGGUGUUUCCCCAGUGUGAGCCCACAACACAUGGCGAAAUCCUGGAAGGGCUUCCUCCUCGAGAAACUUGCGACAGACUGGUCGCUGAUUACUUGAAUUACACCUCUCUACCAUGUAUGACAUACCACUCCGAACAAUAUGACCGAUUCUGGGAGAACCCCGCCAGUGCACAUAUAAUGUGGGUUGGAAAGUUCUAUGGUGCAAUGUCUCUUGCUUUGAUGUUCCAGACCGAUGGUGUGGAGAACAGGAACGAGUUGAUCACAAGGUUCGACCAGAAGGUGCACCAAUGCUUGGUACUUGGUAGAUACCAAGACUGUCCCCCCGAUACAAUUGAAACCAUCUGCUUUACUUUGAGUACACAGUUCAAUCAAAUUGGAGAUGGCGAGGUGAAUAGCCUCAUCAUCCUGGGCAUUCUUACGCGUCUUGCUCAACGCAUGGGCUAUCACCGCGAUGCGUCUCAUUUCCCCGAUAUUACACCUUACCAAGGCGAGAUGAGACGAAGGGUCUGGGCCACGGUCACCAACCUUGAUGUGAUGCUUUCACUAUCCGUCGGACUCCCACGGCUACUGCGGGAGUUCCAGUCAGACACAGCACCUCCGAGGAAUCUUCUGGAUAGUGAUUUCGACGAGGACACAACUGAGCUACCACCUUCCCGCCCAAUCACAUACUCAACACCUUGCCAGUGGCUCGUCGCCAAGACAAAACUGACCACAAUGCUCGGCAUUAUUACCGAUUUCUCGACAUCGAUUCGGAGACCCAACUACGCAGAAGUAAUGCGCCUGGACAAGCUUUUGCUCGACACAUACUUGGAAAACCCGGAAUUCCUGUUGGAGCGUCCCCUGAAUCAAUCUCUCAUGGACACACCAGAGACCAUCCUUCAUCGCAUUCAACUUGUGACUUUGUUAGCAAAGGCAAGAUGCGUUCUUCAUUAUCGAUACCUGGCCGCUUCCAGAUCCGAUGAAAGAUAUUCAUACUCCCGCAGCACCUGCAUCGGAGCGGCUCUCAAAAUCCUCCAGUAUCAUCGUGUCAUGCAUCAAGAAUCGCAGCCUGGGGGACGCCUUUUCCGCGAAAAGUGGAAGGUCAAUUCGCCCAUCAUGAGAGGAGUGAUGCUGCUAGGAACAACUCUGCUAUGUUUGGAACUGAACUACGACGUCUCGAACACCCCAAAAAGCAACCCAAGAUCACGACCACUGACGGAACCCGUUCGUAACGCAAUCAUCCACGCUCUGCAGACCUCAUACGCCAUCUGGUCCGAAGCGGGUGAGUCGUACCCCAAGUCCGCCAAUACGACCCAAGCGAUCUAUGUGAUCUUCCAAAAGCUCGACGAGCAGCAAAACGACACCCAGUCAAACGACGUACCCAACCCGGGCAGCCUUGGCGUUGAACCUGUCCCGAAGCCUGCUGCAGAACCCAUUCCAGACCUUGCUCCGGAGUCUCCCAAAGAUCCAUUCACUGGCGAAAUGCCACUGACGUGGCCCGAUCUCGAGUGCGCAGUAUUUUUAGAUCAGGCAAUAAACUUCCCACUCCUCCAACCAAACUCGAUGGACUCGCCCGACUCGCCAGCCCCGCCGGCUCUACCUACUCAUAUCGCGCCCGAGCUUCUAACUCUGGUUGGUAACAACAUGCUGUUUCUUGGCAAACAAUUUCUCACAACAUCACAGACAAACAGCGUUGAUGAGAUGCUCGGAAUCUCAUUAAACUUUCCUCGCAUGACUGACUAUCUCUAA